AUAAUAAUCGUUAAGCUAGAUGCAGACACGAUCUGCGUCAAGGAUAAAAUGAUAAAACUAAGUAGGUGUCACGUAUCCACUAUGAGUAUGUCGUCAGCCGACUUAACCGGCCAGCCAACGUUAUCACCCCACCUGGAGGAAACAAAAACAAUUUAGUGAAUUGUUGAGGUUUUUGUGUAUCAAUCCACCAGAACACUCUGAAAUGUUGGCCUUGCGGUUCUAAGCAUUUAUUUUCAUACAUGAGGUGCAAGUUCGCUUCCGACGCAGGCAACGUUAUAACUAACAAUGAAGAAAAGCAUCGUGAGGUCUUUGAUUCUAUACAUAUAUUGGAAUCUAAUAUCACCGAUUAUAAGGAUCUGGUGAUCUCAUACUAUGCAACAUUCCCCUAGGGGAAAAGUUCGAUCGGGAGCCAAAAUAAGGACUGUGAGAAGUGUCGGUGAGGGCAUUAAAUAUAAGCAGUACGCCGACUAUAAAAUGGUUGCGAACGUAGCUGAACGAUACGGUCGCCACGAUCCUGAAGUCGUGAACGUGGUACAACUGGCGCCCCUCACUGCUGGCAACCGUAGUAUACUGGCUAUUGAGCUGCGCAGCGACAGGCAGAGUAGGAAGCCUGGUAUCUUGAUCAUUGGAGCACUAGAUGCAAUGUCGUGGGGAGCACCAAAUGCUAUUUUGGAAUUAUCAGAAAAGUUGCUUUACGAUGCCAGCUAUCAAACGCCAUUCUUCAACGAUUAUGACUGGUAUCUAAUACCAAUGGGUAACCCUGAUGGCAUACAAUUCAGCCACAACUUAAGAUCUCUUCCCCCGCUGGAUCCUUACGAAUGGGCUCGUAACGCCACAGCGAGACUUUGGACCCGCCCCAGCGAGUGGCACAAGAACGUCGACAACGAAUCAGAGUCAAAGGACCCUCUGUGUUUUGGGACAAAUAUCAAUCGCAAUUUCGCUUAUCACUGGCAAGAUGAUGUUCACAAAACUCCUCCAAGAUGCUGCCAAUACUAUCCCGGUUCGAAACCGUUCUCGAGUGCUGAAGCGAAAGCUAUUCGCAAAUAUGUUGACAAGCUAGGUGACGUCAUCAGCCUGGCCAUACAUUUGCAUGCCAGCUUUGUUCCCAGAAAGGAGUACAUUUUGUACCCAUGGCGAUACUCAGUGCGGCAAACAAGCAACUCUAGAACAUUACAAGAAAUCGGUGAAUAUGCGGCCAGACAAGCUCGUCUACCUGAUGGGCGAGUAUAUGAGGUACACCAAAGCAGCAGUGACGAGCGCGUGGCGGGAACAUUAAGUGACUACAUAUCCGGCGUUGUCGGCAUCGACCUAGUUUUCCUCAUCAAACCUUACCAUCAAAUGUUUCCAAACGAAACAGAUAACAGUGAACUCGUGGUUUACGUAAAGAAAGCUGUCUCGACGAUACUAAGCGUGGUGCGUGGGUGGCGCAGCAGUACUAAACAAAACACUCUCUCCUUCUUCGGGAAAGAUGUCGAGUUCUAAAAGAUGACUAGAAUAAUGUUAUGUCUGCCUUUGUUGCACAACAUAAAGAAAAUUAUAUGAAAAUCAUUAAU